CGGUGCACCGGGGCUGAGGCGCGCGGUCCUUGUAGAUGCCGGAGGAGACACAGACACAAGACCAGCCCAUGGAGGAGGAGGAGGUGGAGACCUUCGCCUUCCAGGCGGAGAUUGCCCAGUUGAUGUCGCUGAUCAUCAACACUUUCUACUCAAACAAAGAGAUCUUCCUGCGGGAGCUGAUUUCCAACUCGUCGGACGCCCUGGACAAAAUCAGAUACGAAAGCCUGACGGAUCCCAGUAAGCUAGACUCUGGGAAGGAACUGCAUAUUAACCUCAUUCCAAACAAACAAGACCGAACCCUCACGAUCGUGGAUACUGGAAUUGGAAUGACCAAGGCCGACCUGAUCAAUAACCUUGGUACUAUCGCCAAGUCUGGGACCAAAGCGUUCAUGGAGGCUUUGCAGGCUGGUGCAGACAUCUCCAUGAUUGGCCAGUUCGGUGUCGGUUUUUAUUCUGCGUAUUUGGUUGCGGAGAAAGUGACUGUGAUCACCAAGCACAACGAUGAUGAGCAGUAUGCCUGGGAGUCCUCGGCAGGGGGCUCCUUCACCGUCAGGACUGAUACAGGAGAACCAAUGGGUCGUGGGACAAAGGUCAUCCUGCAUUUGAAAGAAGACCAAACUGAGUACUUGGAGGAAAGGAGAAUAAAGGAGAUUGUGAAGAAACAUUCCCAAUUUAUUGGCUAUCCCAUUACUCUUUUUGAUCUGCUCAAACCUUUGAAAGUGUGA